ACCCCGCGGCGAACCCCGUGAACCGAAUGGCCUUAUUAUACAUUUCCGUCACAAGUGGACUUAAUAAAGCGACUCCACAGAGCCGAGCUUCCUUCGAUGGGAGAGAAGACAUCGUGCAUAAAAGGGAUGAUCAAUCGUCCUGAAACCACCGAACAUGCCGGACAUCGAUUACUUGAGGAAGCUAUGCUCGAGGCAUCCGCAAAUGAGAUUGGGUUUCGUGGUUUAUCGCUUGACUUACGAAAAUGAUUAUAAAUGGGCACGUUUCAUGGACCAUCUCAACACGCGUACCCGACUGAAUCUGGAAAAAAAUGGAGCUGGCGAUCUUUUUCCGCGCAUCGAUUGGAGCGUACAGGAAGACCCUGCAUUAGAAGACGCAGACUACGACGAAGUGCGCAAACGUUUCAAUCGGUGGGUAAGAGACCAAAGCGAAGAUAAAGAGCGAGAACCAUUCAGCACGCGACAUCUUGCUUGUGUAGCAGUACCGAUGUUCCAUAUCGAUUGCGUACUCAAAGGCCCUAAGCCGACACAAAAUGACUCCCUAGGGUACGGUUGGGUGGCUUUGAUAAGAGCGGAAAUAGAAGAAGACGGCGAAGGAUGUACUCAAGUAGGGGUGUCUUUCCUGGUUCCGCGGGCGUUUUCUGUGCUUGAAAUUGGCUGGCAUGCUGUGGACGUUGGAACGCAGGAUGUGUAUGCCGGGUGAUUCAGACUCUUUAUUUGGAGCUAUAUUGAUGGCGGUUUUGCCCAGAUAUAGUCUCACUCGUAGUAAUUCUGUACCGAUAGCCCUUUGAACUGGAACUUGGUCCCUUCUCGCUUGUCUAAAACAGUCUUAUGAUGCACGUCCCUAACUCUUGCUCUAACGUACUCCGUCCCCGUAGGCACGGGCUUGCUCGUAUCUUUGUGCUCC